AUGCCUGUGCAGGCUAUGUCUUCUUUUGUGCUGAAUGAAUCGAAUGAGAUCCCCAAUGACAUGUUUACUAGGAAAUUCUUUGCUGCAUGCGUCGAUGACAGAGCAAGACUUAGCACAACCUGGUCUGGAUCAGUAGAAGCAAGGUACCAAGCUUGCAGCGCUCUCAGUGAGCUUGCGUACCAAAAUGAAAAGAUCUGUAUGGCGAUCAUCAACGCGCCGGGCAUGCUUGAUGCCAUCAGAUCUGUAGCGAAUGGAAGGCACGUGGGAGCGCGAAAUGCGGCAAUCUCGGCGUUGAAUUGCAUGUCAAGAUCGAUCGAAGCAGCUCAAGCUCUUAUUCAUGCUAGGAUAGUUGAGGAGGUGCUCACUCCAAUAUUAUCGGAGAAGGGAAGAGGAGAGAAAUAUGAGGCCCGGGUUGCUCGCGCCGUCUUGGCGAUUGCGAACAUCAUGGGAGCGAAGGGAGGGUAUGAGAUUUGUGCCCCAGUAUUAGCCAAGUAUCCGAAUCACCUGGAAAUGGCUGUGAACAUUCUGGGGCACUCGUUGAACGGGUUGAAAUGGGGUGGUAUUCUUUUUGCUUUGUACAGUGUAAUUAUUCCAAUGAGUCAUCUGUCUGCCAUCAAGGAAAAUCAAGCAAGGCUGGUAGAGUUGGGAAUGAUCGAAAAAUUAGCCAGAGUGCUUCGAGAGUGGCAGCCAGGGCACCUCUCUGACAGCGUCAUGGAACGAGUGCUUCUCAUCAUCCUCAGCAUCAACGAUCAGCCCGAGUUCCAGCAUCGGAUUCGUUUGAGCGGGUUGAUAGCGGGGUUGCAACAGAUUCAGCUCGGCCUGCGGAACGAGCCUCCACAGUGUCGGGCGCUGGCCGAGCAGCUGCUGUCGAGCCUGCUGGAGUGCCAUGUCGCCGUGUGCAUGGGUCAGCAUGCUCGUCUUGGCGCUGACUCUCCGCUCAUGCUCCUCGACGACUUUGUAUCCUCCCUGAUCUUGGACAUGGCCUUCCCAAUGAAUUGA